CCCUGAUGUAAGUGCAAUUCUAAAACACGAUCAAGGCAAAAAAAAUUAACAAUCAAUUAGAAUCAAGGCACAUCACUCAAAUUCUCACCUGUGAAACCGUUUGGGCAGCAUUGCAAGCCCCACUCACACUAAAAAGACAACACACGCCAAAUCCUAAAAAUAAAAUCGAAUUCUUCAAGAGGCACCUCAGUUCACCUUUAAUCGUUGGCUUGAUAACAUCCCUACAACAUGAGCACUUGGUUCGCGAUUUUGACUUUGUCUGUGGUUUUGAACAUAGACCAUGUGGCUUCAACGUCAUCCAAUUCCACAAGAGAUGGGAAAUUGUUUUCAAUUUUCCAAGUCGUAACGUUUCCGAAUGGGGUGUGCACUGGAUCUUCAUCUAGAAAUGGAACUUGCUACAGAGCUGAUGAAUGUGAAAGCAGAGGUGGAUCCUCAAGUGGAACUUGUGCCCAAGGGUUUGGCGUUUGUUGUAUACUCAUCUUGUCUUGCGGUAGCACCAGUUCGGAAAAUUGCACCUAUCUGGUUCAAGGUACCACGACGGCUCCACCUAUUGAUCCUUGCACCUUCACCAUCUGCAAAACCUCCCCCAACAUCUGUCGGAUACGGCUGGACUUUACAGCCUUUUCAAUUGCUGGACCAGCUCUUGGGACCGUAGUAGGUGCUGCAGCAGCAACUAACAACGGAGGCGCUAUCGGAGAUUGCACGACAGACUCCUUCAGCAUAACCUCCCCGGGAAACAUGGGCUCUCCCGUUAUUUGUGGGACGAAUACCGACCAACAUAUGAUUGUGGAUGCUUCGGACCAAUGUCAUAGGGCAUCAUUCGAUUUUGGUGGAACAGGAACAACUCGACAAUUUGACAUCAAAGUGACUCAAUAUGCGUGUGGAGAUGAAAAUGGAGGUCCAGACGGAUGUCUUCAGUACUUCAAAGGAAACACUGGAACAUUUUCAAGUUUUAACUUCCCAACCACGGCCACUUCAGUAACUGAUUCUGUGACUCACUUGUCCAACCAAUGCUAUACAAUGUGCUUUCGUCAAGAGCCGGGCAAAUGUGCCAUUUGCUUCCAACCUGUCAUUGCUGGAACGGGGAUGACCGGCGAUCAGGGAUCAUUUGGUCUUUCCCUCACUUCAGACGCAACAAUCGCCGGCACCCAAGACGGAGGUUGUUCUGAAGAUUAUCUUCAGAUUGGUGGAGCUGAAAUGGACGAUGGAUCGUUUGUGGUGGGUUCCAUUUCAGCUAUAAGUCAUAAUCGGAUCUGCGGUAGAUUUUUCAGCUUCUCGAUCGCUGCUGGUGCUGUUGGAGGAAUUGUGAACACACAAUCCAUUUGCACUCAACAACGCCCAUUUCGAGUGAUUUUCAAAACAGAUGCAGAUGAGGUGACAGGUGCAAUAGCAGGGGCUAAUGAAAAUGAACAAGAGGCCUUCCCUGGCGGCAUCAUUGGAUUUCACCUGAACUACGCUCUUCAAGAUUGCUGAACAUGGCUCAUUGUAUCCACCCUUGGCCAUCAUGGUCCUAUUAUAAAUAUUAUCGCUUGCUGUAAGUUUGAACUGUGUGUUUUUAAUAAAAUGAUUGUGCACAUUU